AUGAGCAACGCAAAGCAGCACAGUGACGAGUCGAGGAUGACACGGCCGAGCUCGAAUGCUGAUGAUGAAGAUCGUCCUCUAGGAUCGGCUUCUGAACCGGGGUUCCUCAAUGAAAGAAGUGCUUCGAGACCCGGAGCGGAAGAUGUGUCCGAUGCUGCUCGGACUUUGACGGCAGGGCUGGAUCGAAGGGAUAGAAGAGCAAAACGACGAGCAAAGGGUGGCAAAGGAAGUUCUUCAGGAAGAGAUGCUUCACCUGUUCCAAGGCCAGGCCUACCGCCAAAUCGCGGCCUGAAUAGGCGAAAGAAAGGAAAGUCCCGUGAUGCUCCAGAUGGUCUUGUUUCUUCGGAGGAACCAAACUCGAAUAGUUUGUCGUCUCAAGCCUAUUCUCCCGCCGCAGUGCACGAAGAAGAAAAGGAGGAGGUUCUUCCGGGUGCAGUGUCUGCUCCAAAUGAAGAUUAUUCUGACUCGGGCUCUGAGCACCAAGUUGCCCUCUUGUCGCCGUAUCAACAAUCUCCAAAUGUGCCUGUACCGGUAUCGGUAGGUGAUCAAGAUGAUGAUGAUGAUGAUAAAGGAGUCAAGCUUGUAGAAGCUACUCUGGUUCCCUCAGAAGUUUUCAAGGACGAUCAGGAACUGCAGCCAAUCGACGUGAUCGUAGCGGAAGCCCAUCAAGCCGAGCUGGGAGAUCAUUUGAGCAACAGAAAGCUGCAAUGCUUCAUUUUUGGAUUACUUUGCCUUUCAGUGACUGUCGUGGUCGUCAUCAUGUUAUUGGUCAUGCGCACUGGAAAUACGCCUACAGCUUCGCCCACAGCCGUACCCUCGACAACAACAGCACCAACCAUGAACCCGACUGUCGUUCCCCCCACUAUUUGGGUUCCCCAGUCGCUGUCAGACGAAUACAUUACUGUUUACUUCCAGUUGGUCUUGGAUUUCAAAAAGGCAGCACUCACCAGGAAUGGGGUUAGUAAUUACCUCACGGACAAAGAGAUGUCCGAGCUCGUGUCCCGUAUCGAUCAGUUUUACACUGACAUGUUCCAGGCGGAAGAUUCUCAGCCUGGUGGCUUCCAGAACUAUUUGACAACCAUCUCUGGCUUCCAGUACCUGAACCAAUUUUCAAGGUUGGGGCUGUACCUGGAAGGCAACUUUAUGUAUAAUGCCUCUGGAACUGAGGAUAUCAGUCCAAGUCUUCUACAACGGAUCAUGGCUGAUUUGAACUACACAGUCUUUGUGUCAAACUAUUUGCAUCGCCCUCCAGUGAAUCAAUUGGACGCUGUUGAGCAGGUUUCCAAAACACUUCUCCUCCCCACUCCGUCGCUCGCGCCAACAAGAGCGGGAGAAACGAAUAACAUAACGGUUCCUUCCUUUCUGUAUCUGCAUUUUCUUGCGGGAAAUGUCUCUUUGGAGGUGGACGGCCCGCUGACCUAUGAUGAAGGUGCAGUCGAACGUGUCCUGGAUGAGUUCUACACGAACUACUUCCAGACAGAACUCAACCAUGCAGACAACUUUCUAAGUUUUUCUUCUGAGAUCCUGUGGCACCAGUACGCCGAAUUCGGUCCACCAACAUCCCUACUUGGGGUGCUUGAAAUGGCGUUUGAUGCGAAUUUUGUGUUUGCCCCUUGGUCGUAUCAUUUCCUUGCACAAGUCCAAGAAUCAAUGAAGGAGACAGGCAUCACUCAGGAGAUGUUUCGCGACGCCGCAUUGAGUCCGUUGGACGAAGCCUCGUAUCUGGGAUAUGGCGUUAGGUCUUUGGACAUUGAUCCCUCCAGCGAAGCUCCGGCGGGUACACCAACAAUAGAGGGGGCGGCAAAAGGCCUUACAGUUCCUUGUUCCAUGGCCCUGACGUACUUUUCUUCUUGGUCCACCGAUAUCAUUCGCCCGCUGACCGGAGAUGAGCUGACAGAGCUUUCUGAACUCUUGGACGAGUUCUACACCGCAUCGUUUCAGGAAGAACCUUCUUUUGCCGCCAGUUUUACGAGCUACUCUACCACUAUCGUUGAUCUGAGGUAUUCGCGGCUUGGCUCUCCGCACAUUGACCUGACGUUUGAUGCCAACUUUGUCUUUGCAACAAACUCCAACUACACAGCAUCUCAUGUACGAUUGAAAAUGAUGUCGCUUUGCUACACGACCUUCAUCGUGGAUUUCCUCAUGAGAAAUACUACCAUCAACCAACUGGACAAUGUGCAGCAGGUCGAUUUUGGCUGGAGCGUGUGA